GACACGGUGCGGGUAGUAGCGGUGCAGAGCGACGGUCGUGAGAUGAGGCCGGUGUCGCAGACGUCACAAGCAGGGAGUUUGUCAUCUCUUACAUGGCCAUUGAUGACUUUGGCGAGGAGACGUUUCUGGCGCUGCUGUCUGAUUGGGAUCUGGACGCGGCCUUUCUGAGUGCCUCAGAGCCGUACCUGCACCUGCGCAUCGAGCUGCGCCCGUUUGACGUGUCAGGCCACUGGGAGCUCGAGUCAGCUCCAGAACCCGGCCAGCUGAAGAAGCCGUCAGAGCAGCGCGCCUUUGCGCCGCCACCGUCUGCACGGCUGCUGGGCAGCAUGAUUAAUCAGGUGCAGAACACCUUCAGUCUGAUGUCGCGGGCUCUCAACAUGAGCGACGAGCGCCCGACGGCGUCGCUGGCAGCGCCGCCGCUGACGGAUGCAGAGUUUCACAACUACUUGGACACGGUUGGACGACUGGUGCUGCCCAAGGAGAUGCGCGUGGCUGUCUACCGCGGCGGCGUGACGCCCUCGCUGCGGUCAGUCCCUCACACAGGCCAACAACCAACGCGCUCGCAUGCAGGGUAGAGUUGCAAAGUUUCCCUACCGCACUACCGGCAUGCCGGUAAUUUUUCACUACCGCACGUUUUUUCGUGGUAUCUGGCAUGUCUUGCCGGUAGCAUGCCGGCAUUUUUUAUUUUGGACAAAAAAAAAAAUUAUCAUAUGAUUCAAACUUUCGACACUAAGAGGAUGUCAAAUCGUAAGAACAGCAGUAUUAGCCAUACUGCUCAUCACUUCGCUCGUGGGGCGCGUGGAGAGCGGACGUGCCUUGGCGGAGGACGAAUUUGAGACGAAAGCGGCGCUGAGUUUUCUGCAUAGUUUAAUAUUAUUUUCCCUUGUCUUUUCUUCUGAGGUAGGGGUUAAGGGCCCUGUCCUCAUUUUGGUAAACUUUUUUAUUUCCUUUCCAUAUCUAAAUUGGGUUGAUAGGCAAUUUUAUUUUCCGCUUCCCCUUCGAGCUGCCAGCAAACAUAGAGACAAUUAGCUAUGCUAUGCGUAACCAAUCUCAGCGCAAACCUCACAACCAAGUCCCUCCAGGAAAACACUGUAGCUGUACAAAAAGGGGCUAUUGGUAUAUUCAGCCCAAAUGAACACGACACAAACAUAUUAGCAAGUAUACAUGUCUCAACCGAGACUACCCUGCCAACGGGCCGCCACCCCUCUCCCCGCGCGGCGCAAUGGUGUCCCCACCCAUUCAAUACAUCCACCCAGACACCAAUGCGCCAAAAUAAAACACCCCCUUCCCGAGACCAGCAGACCGAAUGGGGGAUACAAAUUAACACAAAAGACCUAUAGUCGCCGCCAGUGUCGAGACCAGUGGCGGAACCCACCCAAAUACGUGCUUGGUUGAAGGUAGAUAAUUAUUUCCUCAACCUGUCCCGAAGCUUACCAGAAACGCCACGAUCCCUAAAACCUGCCAACAUGAAUGUGAGCGAUACAGCGGUCACCAAUGAAGAACAAUAUUACGGCAUUUAUACCGAAGCCCUUACAGCAGGACUAAGAACCAGUAGCAUUAGCCACUACUGCGAUGAUAGCCUCCACCAACUAAAGGCCCUCGAUAUACCCGCCGAAAAAAUAGCCAUCCAUGAGUUAUGAGGCAUCUGACAACAGAAGCUGUAUUCUCCUUUACCUUGAACCCUAUGCACAUGCCUAUCAGCGCGACCAUUUAUUUUCCCAGAACUUUGGAAGGGGUUAGAACAGUAUCAACGAAGGUCGUUGACAGACGCCCAGCAAAAAAGGGGAGGGCUCUCAGCUCGCUCCAGGAAUCAGCGCUCUUAGCCGCCGUAAGGACACCCGCGCUACCGGGCGUCCUAGCGGCAGCCACCUACGGGUAGACUAGCGAGCCGCCCCGUGUCCGUUGUAGAAGGUGGAAGAAUGGAGCAUCCCGGGCAACACCCGAGGCCAUGAGAAACGCUUCCCCGAGCAGACUAGCGAGCUGCUUUUUUCUUUUAUUAUUGUUAUUGUUAUUGUUAAUUAUUAUUGUUAUUAUUGUUGCAUAGACCACUAUAUAUCUGGACUGUGCACGGAUUUUGCCGACUGCUAUUAGGGCCCUGCUGGGAAAUUCGACGUAGCACGCGGAAUUGUGUAUUGACGCUCUAGUAAGCCCAUUUAAAUGAAAGUAACUUCUUAAAUGUGAUGUAUAUUUUAAUAAAUGUAUAAUUUAUAGCAUGAUUUUUAACACGAUAAAUAAAUAAAAGCACUUAUAGACAGGUAUACACUGUAUUAAGUUCAAAGCAUCAUGUAUUAAGUUCACUGUAGUUCAUGUACACUGUAUUAAGUUGUACAUGUACACUGUAGUUCAUGUACACUGUAUUAAGUUCAAAGCAUCAAUAGACAGGAACAAUCCGUGAUCGGUCGUUUUUGACAAGAGACAGUCUGAUGACAUAUUGGAUACACUGCAGAUUAAUUUGCCUGUCUAAAUCAGACACGCACCCGGCUCAAUGCUUUGAAAGCCCACACGAUCUGCGCCACGGAAUUACGAAGAUUCCUAUGGGUAAAUAACAAAGCUGCCGGUGCUGCGUUUUUAGCGAGACCGUCCGAGGUGACCUGCUGGGCCACAACUGUUCCCUGCUUCCACUGAGGCCGAUUUCAUGCUCAGCAUAGGGACAGACGGGUUCUGUCAUCUGUCCCUCUCGAGAGAAGGGGACUUUUGAACACCGUUGUCAGUGACGGUGGCCGCAUUUUGCAGCGGGUGAUGGCGAUGGAGAUUCGAGAUUUAGACGGAGUCACGAGAUCUCGGUUCACUGGACACUGCAGCAGAGCUUCGCACUUAGGAAUGCACUUUCUUAUAGUUCUUGUGCUACAUUUGCCUUUAGUUACUAUUCGAAUUGUAAAUCCACAUCUGAAAUUCUCAGCCAUGUAGGUAUCUUACACAUCGACGAAUAGGAUCGUAGUUAUUGAUUGCAUAGACAAACUGAUCCCAGGAAUGUUGCAUUGUGUUUACGUCCUGCGGCUCAACCUUUCUCAUUUUCAUGAAGCUUUCUUAUUUCAUGAAGCUCUGUUCGCGCAUCGCUGGUGUUGAGUGACGGUAUACUGUCCAUAUUGACUCCAUGAAUUGCAAUGUUUGUUUUUCGCUCAACUAUACACAUCAAUGUGUUGAAGGAAUGCAGGUCGUAGCGUUGUAACUUGAGGUGCUUCUCGACAGUGUGACUCCCUCAGCGAGCAAUGUGAAGAAAGUUAUCGUUUUCCUUUACAAUGGUAGUCGCGCUGUCUUGAAACACACGUUUGAAGCUAUACGUGUGCCGAAGAGAGAGCGACUCGGCAGCUGUUACCAGAGCAGGACCCAUUGCUUGCAUGCAGGAGCAGAACACAGAUUGCUGAUGUGGGCACGCCAGCUCUCCGCAAGCCAUAACAUAUGUGACCAUCACUUGACCAAAUUGCAAGACUUUAGCUAGUUUUGGGCUUCACUUGUGACUGAUAUUAUAGGAGCCGCCAGUCUGGAAACGGAUCCGCCACCUCUCCUUACAGUUGUCUUCUGCUCAAUUUUUCGGUCUCGGCCAGCGUCACAGCAUGUAAUAAAACUCACAGGGAGCCCAGUGGUCAGAAUUCCAAGACAUUUUCAGCUUUAGGGCAUAUAGAAAUUGACUUCAUAUUGAUGCCUUAGCCAGGAACCGGAAAACUGACAUUGUUGCAUGCACUGUCUUGGCUCUUUGAAUAUGCUCACUCCCUGUUCUGUUCAUAGGAUAUUCUGAAGUGAUUAUCACUAGCGGCACAUUUUACUGUAUUUCAGUGGCAUGUAUGCAUUAAAAGGUUUCAUUUUAUUUAAAGACAAAAGAGAACUAUCCCGCAUGUCAAUGAUAAACAACAAACAACAAUAAUCUUGCAAAAAUCUUCGCUACAUGUCUGUGAAAAUUUGCUAAUUCUCGUGAAAAUUAGCUGGGAACCAUCAUCCACACCAUGUUAAAUCAUGGAAGAAAUGGGCAGAAAAUGCCCUUCUUUUUUCGAUGAUUGCGCUAAUAUUAUAUAUUUUUUGCUCAAUGUAAGAUAUAACUCAGAUUACAAAUUGACUAGUGGUGAUGUUUCCCAAAGCACAUCAUCAUAUGGCGAAUAAGUUGGCUGUGACGACCUUCGAAAGUUAGGGCCCUAAUGGCAGGGCCCUAAUUUCCGUGCACAGUCCAGAUAUAUAGUGGUCUAUGAUUGUUGUUAUUAUUAUUAUUGUUAUUAUUAUUGUUAUUAUUUUAGCGCCGUCCUUUAAAAAAAAAAAAAAAACAUGGAACCCAUUGGUUGUUAGGCAACUGAAAACAGAGGCCGCAGCUA